CGAGCCCUUUCACGACCGUCACCAUGGAGGUGGCACCCCUGCAGCCUCUCAACGACAAUAUGCAAAUCAGCAAAACCAAGAAAAAUGAAGACGCGAAGAAACGGCUGUCGAUCGAGAGGAUCUACCAGAAGAAAACGCAACUAGAGCACAUUCUGCUGCGGCCGGACACCUACAUUGGCUCCGUGGAACUGGUGACCCAGCCAAUGUGGGUUUACGAUGAAGAUGUUGGCAUUAACUAUAGGGACGUCACCUACGUUCCUGGUUUAUACAAAAUCUUUGAUGAGAUUCUAGUCAAUGCUGCAGACAACAAGCAAAGAGACCCAAAAAUGUCUUGUAUCAGAAUCACAAUUGACCCGGAAAACAAUUUAAUUAGUAUAUGGAAUAAUGGAAAAGGUAUUCCUGUUGUUGAACACAAAGUUGAGAAGAUGUAUGUCCCAGCUCUCAUCUUUGGACAGCUCCUCACUUCUAGUAACUAUGAUGAUGAUGAAAAGAAAGUAACAGGUGGUCGAAAUGGCUAUGGAGCCAAAUUGUGUAAUAUAUUCAGUACCAAAUUCACUGUGGAAACCGCUAGUAAAGAAUAUAAGAAAAAGUUCAAGCAGACAUGGAUGGAUAACAUGGGGAAAGCUGGCGAAAUGGAACUCAAGCCCUUUAGUGGUGAAGAUUAUACGUGUAUCACCUUCCAACCUGAUUUGUCUAAAUUUAAAAUGCAAAGCUUGGAUAAAGACAUCGUUGCACUGAUGGUUAGAAGAGCCUAUGAUAUUGCUGGAUCCACCAGAGAUGUUAAAGUCUUUCUCAAUGGAAGUACAUUGCCGGUUAAAGGAUUCCGUAGCUAUGUGGACAUGUAUUUGAAGGAUAAGGUAGAUGAAACUGGAAACUCAUUGAAAGUUAUCCAUGAACAAGUAAACCACAGGUGGGAGGUGUGUUUAACAAUGAGUGAAAAGGGUUUUCAGCAAAUGAGUUUCGUCAACAGCAUUGCUACGUCUAAGGGUGGCAGACAUGUUGAUUAUGUAGUUGACCAGAUAGUGGCUAAACUUGUCGAUGUUGUGAAGAAGAAGAACAAGGGUGGUGUUGCCGUUAAAGCACAUCAGGUGAAAAAUCACAUGUGGAUUUUUGUGAAUGCCUUAAUUGAAAACCCAACUUUUGACUCUCAGACAAAGGAAAACAUGACAUUACAGGUCAAGAACUUUGGAUCAACAUGCCAACUAAGUGAAAAAUUCAUCAAAGCUGCAAUUGGCUGUGGUAUUGUUGAAAGCAUACUAAACUGGGUUAAGUUUAAGGCCCAAGUCCAGUUAAACAAGAAGUGUUCUGCUGUAAAACAUAACAGAAUCAAGGGGAUUCCCAAACUUGAUGAUGCCAAUGAUGCAGGAGGCCGAAACUCUGCUGAUUGUACACUCAUCCUGACUGAAGGAGACUCAGCUAAAACUUUGGCUGUUUCAGGCCUUGGAGUGGUUGGGAGAGACAAGUAUGGGGUUUUUCCACUUCGAGGAAAAAUGCUCAAUGUUCGAGAAGCUUCUCAUAAGCAGAUCAUGGAAAAUGCUGAAAUUAACAAUAUCAUUAAGAUUGUGGGUCUUCAGUAUAAGAAAAAUUAUGAAGAUGAAGAUUCAUUGAAGAGUCUCCGUUAUGGGAAGAUAAUGAUUAUGACAGAUCAGGACCAAGAUGGCUCCCAUAUUAAAGGUUUGCUGAUUAAUUUUAUUCAUCACAACUGGCCUUCUCUUCUAAGACAUCGUUUUCUGGAGGAAUUUAUCACUCCCAUUGUAAAGGUAUCUAAAAAGAAGCAAGAAAUGGCUUUCUAUAGCCUUCCUGAAUUUGAAGAGUGGAAGAGUUCUACUUCAAAUCAUAAAAAAUGGAAAGUCAAGUACUACAAAGGUUUGGGAACCAGCACAUCAAAAGAAGCUAAGGAAUACUUUGCAGAUAUGAAAAGACAUCGGAUUCAAUUCAAAUAUUCUGGCCCUGAAGAUGAUGCCGCAAUCAGUCUGGCCUUUAGCAAAAAACAGAUAGAUGAUCGAAAAGAAUGGUUAACUCAUUUCAUGGAGGACAGGAGACAGCGAAAGUUGCUUGGUCUUCCAGAGGAUUAUUUGUAUGGACAGACUACCACAUAUCUAACCUACAAUGACUUCAUAAACAAGGAACUUAUCCUGUUCUCAAAUUCUGAUAAUGAGAGAUCUAUCCCAUCUAUGGUGGACGGUUUGAAACCGGGUCAGAGAAAGGUUUUGUUUACUUGCUUCAAACGGAAUGACAAGCGAGAGGUGAAGGUUGCCCAGUUAGCCGGGUCAGUGGCUGAGAUGUCCUCUUAUCACCACGGUGAGAUGUCACUAAUGAUGACCAUUAUCAAUUUGGCUCAGAAUUUUGUGGGCAGCAAUAAUCUGAACCUGCUGCAGCCUAUUGGUCAAUUUGGUACCAGGUUGCAUGGUGGCAAGGAUUCUGCUAGUCCUCGAUACAUUUUCACAAUGCUCAGCCCUUUGGCUCGGUUGCUAUUUCCAACAAAGGAUGAUUACACGUUAAAGUUCUUAUAUGAUGACAACCAACGUGUUGAGCCUGAAUGGUACAUUCCUAUUAUACCUAUGGUCUUAAUAAAUGGUGCUGAAGGAAUCGGUACUGGAUGGUCCUGCAAAAUCCCUAACUUUGAUGUGCGUGAAGUUGUGAAUAACAUCAGGCGGUUGAUGGAUGGAGAAGAACCACUGCCAAUGCUUCCAAGUUACAAGAAUUUCAAGGGAACUAUUGAAGAAUUGGCUUCGAAUCAAUAUGUGAUUAGCGGUGAAGUUGCUAUUCUUAAUUCCACAACCAUUGAGAUCUCUGAGCUUCCCAUCAGAACAUGGACCCAGACAUAUAAAGAACAGGUUCUAGAGCCCAUGUUGAAUGGUACUGAGAAGACGCCACCUCUCAUAACAGACUAUCGAGAAUACCAUACUGAUACCACUGUGAAAUUUGUUGUCAAGAUGACUGAAGAAAAGUUAGCAGAGGCAGAAAGAGCUGGAUUACACAAAAUCUUCAAGCUCCAAACUAGUCUCACAUGCAACUCGAUGGUGCUUUUUGACCACGUAGGUUGUUUAAAAAAAUAUGACACACCAUUAGAUAUUUUAAGAGACUUCUUUGAACUCAGGCUUAAAUACUAUGGAUUACGAAAAGAAUGGCUUCUAGGAAUGCUUGGUGCCGAAUCUGCUAAACUGAACAAUCAAGCUCGCUUUAUCUUAGAGAAAAUAGAUGGAAAAAUAGUCAUUGAAAAUAAACCUAAGAAAGAAUUAAUUAAAGUUCUGAUUCAGAGGGGAUAUGAUUCAGAUCCUGUGAAAGCCUGGAAAGAAGCUCAGCAGAAGGUUCCUGAUGAAGAAGAAAAUGAAGAGAGUGACAACGAAAAGGAAACUGAAAAGAGUGAUUCUGCCACCGAUUCUGGUCCAACAUUCAAUUACCUUCUUGACAUGCCCCUUUGGUAUCUAACCAAGGAGAAGAAAGAUGAACUGUGCAAACUGAGAAAUGAGAAAGAGCAAGAACUAGAAACAUUAAAGAGGAAAAGUCCAUCAGAUUUGUGGAAAGAAGACUUGGCUACUUUUGUUGAUGAACUAGAGAUUGUUGAAGCCAAGGAAAAAGAAGAUGAACAAGUAGGACUUUCUGGGAAAGCAGGGAAAGGAAAGGGGAAAAAAAUACAAAAGGUCGAAGUUUUGCCUUCUCCGUGUGGCAAAAGAGUCAUCCCCCGGGUGACCACAGAGAUGAAGGCAGAGGCAGAAAAGAAAAUUAAAAGGAAAAUUAAGAGUGAAAAUACUGAAGGAAGUCCUCAAGAGGGCAAUAUGGAACCAGACAGUCUAAAACAAAGACUAGAGAAGAAACAGAAAAAAGAACUAGGUACCAAGACAAAGAAACAAACUACCUUGCCAUUUAAACCAAUUAAAAAAGGGAAGAAGAGAAAUCCCUGGUCUGAUUCAGAGUCAGAUAUGAGUGGUGACGACAGUAACUUUGAUGUACCUCCACGAGAAAGAGAGCCCCGGAAAGCAGCAAGAUCCAAAUUCACAAUGGAUUUGGAUUCAGAUGAAGAUUUCUCAGAUUUCAAUGACACUCAAGAUGAAGAUUUUACCCCAUCAGAUGCUACUAGUCCACCUAAGGCCAAAACAUCCCCAAAACAUGCUAACAAAGGACUGAAGACACAGAAAAGUGCCAAAUCAGUAAUAGACCUUGAUGUUGAAGAUGCUAUGGAUAAUGUCCCACUUUCUUCAAAUACUCCUGCUGAUUUACCUGCUGACACUGAGAUCAUAAAUCCUGUUGCUAAACAGAAUGUGACUAUGAAGAAAGCAACAACAAAAAGUCAGUCUGCCACCUCUACCACAGGCACCAAGAAAAGGGCUGCCCCAAAAGGAACCAAAAAGGGUCCUGGUUUGAAUUCUGAUGAAUCUCCCAAAAAGCCUGCUCCUGCCAAAUCCAAAAAUCCUCGCAAAAGAAAGCCGUCUACUUCUGAUGAUUCUGACUCUACUUUUGAGAAAAUUAUCUCUAAAGCAGUGACAAACAAGAAAUCCAAAGGUGAGGACUUCCAGCUGGAUCUAGACUCAGCUGUGGCUCCUCGGGCAAAAUCUGGACGGGCUAAGAAACCGAUAAAAUACCUUGAAGAAUCGGAUGAAGAUGAUGAUCUGUUUUAAGAUGUGAGGUGAAUGUUUUAAAUAAUGGUCUUACUGAGCCAGGAUUGGUUUUAAAGUUAUCCAAAGCUCUUAUUUUCAUCCCUUCGUAUGAGAGAUACUUUUAAUCCAAGCCAUCUAAGUGAAGUGAGUAGAGAGCCCAAGUAUACUCUUAACAUUUUAUAAUACUGUGGUCUAAAGAAUGACAGUUCAUUGGCGUUGUUUUUUUCUCUGCAUUGUCUGUGCUUUUAGUCUGUUUUCUUUUGUCUUUAAAAUCUAAUUUUUAAGUUCUGAUUCUAGCGAUACUUAUGUGGUCACUUCAGCAUAGUGUAGUUCAGUUAUUAUCCACCAAUAUCAGAGGAUUAAAAAAAAAUCUGGCUCUGCCUUAUAACCUCACAAUAGGAUGAAGGAAAUUAGACUUGUUAUAUGCCUAUCUCAACUCAACUUCUCCCCUCUGAGUCUGAAUCUCCCAAGGAACUCAUUUCUAGGGAGCACUGGAUUGCAAAGCCGGUGGGCUUACAUACUAUAUCAAGCAUGUCUGUGGUAAGCCAUUAUAUCCAUGUUGUGAAACCUAUUUCAACUUACGGACUUUUCAAGACCUUUCUACAUGAUGUGUGUAACCAGUCGUGUUAUCAAUGUUUUUGUAAAUAUUUACUAUGUUUUUCUGUUUAGCUUCUAACAAUUUUGUACUUAAAUAAAAUAUGAACAUUGAA